AUGGGAGCUUUGAGUCUUUGCUUCAGGCGGUGCGAGAGAGAAACAUUAGAGAUAAAUACAUUAUUGUUGGAAAGGGAGGGGGUGACCGAGGUACAAAGUGAGGAAGAAAUUGAACCGGAAAUGUCUUCAGACCCAGAAGGUGAGAGUGAAUAAGAGAAGGAAGAUGAUGAAAUUAAAGAAGAUGACACAGUCAGACAGGGAGAACGGGAGGGAGGAGAGAUGAGGGAUGUAGAAGACUGGAAUGGCUUUCUUGCAGCAGGAGGAGAACAUGCUGCUCAAGAGGAGGUGGUGUUGGACUGGAAGCCAGGUGACCCUGUGACUCCUCAGUAUGUGCUUAGGAUACCAGGAUACACUGACGACUACUUUUGCUGUCCAGAAGACAACAUCUACAAUAUUAACUUCUCGCGCUUCAAAAUCAGAGACCUGGAGAGUGGAUCCGUCAUUCUGGACCUAAAAAGACUCUGUUCAACAGGCAGACUGGAGUUUACAGUUGGCAGUAAAGCAGUAAACAAGUUUCGUCUGAUUGAACGGCAUUAUUUUAGUGAUCUACUUGUGAGACUUUUGACUUUGAGAUCGGUUUUUGUAUUCCACACAGCAGAAACACAUGUGAGCACAUUUACUAUCUACCCGAUCUGGAUUCACACACAGUUGAGGAGAUGAUCACCCACCCCUUCUAGACCCGGUCAGACAGCUUUUACUUUGCCAACAACACGCUGAUCCUGCAUCAUUAAGAAAGUACUCUUUCAGCCAGGGGCUGGAGCUCUGUGAAAACCAAAGCUAAACACUGAAAAGGACAUCAAUCAGAUUAGAGCCGCAGAAGACCCGUAACAUCAACAGAUUAGUGCUACAUGUUUGGUCUCACAUGUUCACCUUCUCAUCCAGUCCCUAAACAAUUUAGACUUGCUGUUCUUGAAGGAGGAGCUCGAUCCAGAGACUUGACCUGUGCUUUGGAAUCCUUGAUUGUGAUUAAGAUAACAAACAUCUUGAGGAUCCAUAAUGCCUUUAAUGUUUCCCUUUCUCAAUUCUUCUGUUCUGAAGCUCAUAAACAUCCUGUCUAUUUCAAGCACUAAACAAUGCACAUGACCCUUUCCUUCUAUCAGGGGGUCUUAAGACUAUUACAACAGAAAAUAUAUUUUUAGCCAUUUCCACUCUGCAUACUUAUCCUGUGUUAUUGUUUCCAGUAUUUUUCAUGCUAUUAUAGAGAUCCUCAACAAUCUAUGUUUAUGUCAUUAUACUGGGGUGUUUUAAACG